UUAAAAGCUACUCCACCUACGCGCCGCUCGACUACACUUCCUGUGUUUACUUCCUUCUAAACACAGUCCGACCUCUCUCGCUCAGUCAGUCAGUGUUGGACGCUGGAGACACACAAUGCAGAGACGACAGUCCCGAUAAGACUCUGAUUUGGAGAUUAUGAUCAAGCAGGACAAGUCAAGUAUCAAGAUGGAUUACAAAUACGAUAAUGGAAUAGAACUGCUGUUGGCUCACAUGAAUAUAGAGGACAUCAUCAACGCUGCGGAGACUCUGUAUCAGCUUGAGGAGGCGGAGGACGCAGGCUUGUCGUUUGAAGAAGAAGGUCUCUCCCAGGAGGAGAUGGAUGAGAACGAGGAGGCAGGACACUCGGUGGGCUCUGGGAGUGAGCAGAAGAACUAUUCUGAUGGGGUUGGUGGUGUUCAGUAUGGGACAGUAACAGAUCUCCUGUCCUUUGUCAACCUGCUCUCCAACAUGCAGACAGCGGCCCUGCAGCACCUGCCUCAGGAGAUGGGAGUCCUGCUGAACAAGAAGGACAUGGUUGUAAAAAAAGGCCGCUACCAGAUCAACAUGGACGUGCUCCUGUUUCCAUGGAAACUGACCUACAAGAAUCCAGGCUCUGGCCUUGUGCCCAAGGGCUCAUUUGGGAAAGUCCACUUGGCUCAGGACACCACCACCAGGAAGAGAAUGGCUUGCAAACUGAUCCCCAUGGAGAAUUUCAAAGCAGCCGACGUGGAGUUCCAGGCCCGGUUCCGACAUGAGAAUAUCGCUGAGCUCUACGGGGCAGUGCUCUGGGAACAGAGCGUCCACCUGUUCAUGGAGGCCGGAGAGGGCGGCUCGGUCCUGGAGAAGCUGGAAAGCUGCGGCCCCAUGAGGGAAUUUGAAAUCAUUUGGGUGACCAAGCAAGUCCUGCGGGGCCUGGAGUACCUGCACUCUCAUAAUGUUAUCCACCACGACGUCAAACCCAGUAACAUUGUCCUGAUGUCAGACAAAGCAGUGCUGGUGGACUUUGGCCUGACGGUGCAGAUGACAGAGGAUAUUUACAUUCCUAGAGACCUGAGAGGAACAGAGAUGUACAUGAGUCCAGAGCUGGUUUUGUGUCGAGGACAUAACACCAAGACAGACAUCUACAGCCUGGGCACCACUAUCAUUCACAUGCAGACUGGCAGCCCUCCCUGGGUCCGCAGAUACCCACGUACUGCCUACCCAUCCUACCUCUACAUUAUACACAAGCAGGCACCCCCUCUGGAGGACAUAGCAGAGGACUGCAGCCAGGCCAUGCGCUCCUUCCUGGAGCGAGCCCUGGAGAAGAACCCUGUUCUGCGAAGCUCCGCAUCCGAGCUGCUGAAGGACGAGGCCAUCAACCCGCCCAGGGAGGAUCAGCCGCGCUGCUGGAGCCUUGACUCAGCGCUGGAGGAAGCCACUCACACCAUUCUACGGCAACAGAGCCAGCACCACGACACCACACAAGAAUCAUCUCUGUAUUCUGUGGACUCUGGCCACAUGAGAAGAAAGGGCUCCUUGUACAUUGACCUGGGGGCCUUGUCAGGUUACUGUAAACUGGUGGCAGGGCCCCCCACCUCAGAAUAUGGCUAACACCUGACCACAGAUCAUCAUUUUAGUGGCUGAACUGUCAUUGAAGCCAAGUGAUAAUUUACUUAGUAGCCUUUUUCAUGCUUCAAUGUUAAGGACUGAUGAAUAGGUCAGAUGGGAGGACAGCUGCAGGCGCCAUGGCUCAUUGACAAACUGAAAAUGUUUAUAGGUCAGGAUGACUUGCAAUGAGAGGAGCUAGGUCAGCCUGAAACAGACAACACUGCAGGACAGUGGUUGGAUGAGAUCCAUUGUGAAUAGAUUGGCAUUAACUAUGGGUAUAAUUUUCUCAGACCUCCUUGUGGGAUGUCUGUACAUGCUUUAUUUCAGUUUGGUAAAUAGCACAGUGAUUAAUUAAAUAUAUGCUGUUUUUCCAUGAAACUUUGUCUGAUAGUUUUCAGAGUAAGUUAAUCUACCACUAAAAAUGUAAGCUAUCUUUUAACAGAAUGUGUGCACUAAGCAAACAUGUAUGAUAUGUAGUUCUUUAUGGACUUCCUCUUGUUAAUUCCUGUGGAAUAUUAAUAGCAUCAUUGUGGUAUGCAAAUGACGCUUCUGUGAAAUGUAUGUGCUGUGCUGAUUUGUGUUUUUGAAGUUGCCCAAAGUUUGAAUCUUUGUCAGUCAUUAUGCAAUAAAAGAGCAAUAACAUGAAAAUCCUA